AUGGCUUUUUCAUCUUCUCAAUCUAUCAUGUCAAGCUCUGCGACUAACUUUUCUACUAGAUCUAGGGUUAACCACUUUACCAACAUCCCUUCUGCCUACAAUGUUCCAAGCCUCAGAAGGAAUGUUAGCCUCAAAGUUCGUUCUAUGGCUGAGAAAGAGCAACCAAAGGUUCCUGUAGACCCAAUUACUCCAAUUGCACCACCAACACCAACCCCAACUCCACAACCAGCCUAUACUCGUCCACCAAAGAUGAGCACAAAGUUUUCGGAUUUGAUGGCAUUUAGUGGGCCAGCUCCUGAAAGAAUCAACGGAAGGUUGGCUAUGAUUGGUUUUGUAGCAGCAAUGGGGGUGGAGAUAGCAAAAGGGCAGGGUUUGUUUGAACAAUUGUCCGGCGGUGGAGUUCCAUGGUUCUUGGGGACAAGUGUCUUGUUAUCACUUGCUUCAUUGAUUCCAUUUUUCCAAGGUGUUAGUGUUGAGUCCAAAUCUAAAGGUGUUAUGUCCUCAGAUGCUGAGCUUUGGAAUGGAAGAAUUGCUAUGUUGGGUUUAGUUGCUUUGGCAUUCACAGAAUUUGUUAAGGGUACAUCCCUUGUGUAA